AUGUCCCAACAAGUCACAACCAUCAUUGCUUGGUAUAAAGACUAUGCAAAACAAUCCACCAAUCUACCCAUGAAUUGGCUAUCAUUGGCUCAAGUUCAGGGCUCCCUUCCAGGGCUAUCAUUGCUCAGGACUGGCACGGAGGCCUGCCGCUUUGACCGGUCCACUGGCAUGCCAAUCUGGCACACCGAUGGGACCUACCGGCCACGGCCGCCCACGGGCUCGGCCUUGUAUGCGAUCCAAGUCCCUCCGACGGGGGGCGACACGUGCUUCGCCGAUGCCUCCCGGGCCUUUGAGACGUUGCCCAUUGACACGCAGCGGAGGCUGGAAGGCCUGGAAGCGGUGUGUAGCCAGGCACAUCACGAUGCCCUCCACAACGUGAAGAAGCCAGGCACAUACACCUUGAUGAGCCCUGAGCAACGCAUGCAGAUGCCUUUGAUGGCUGUGCCACUGGUGCUCACGCACCCGGAGACCCAACGAAAAUCUCUCUAUGGAUUCUCGGCAAGGAGCCAACAGCAGCGUCUUUCGGCUUCAGUCGAUGAACUCUCCAGCGCCUCCAUCCGAGCCUACGAAGAUCCUUCUGUGGAUGAACUGCGCUCCUUGCUUCCGCAUGCCACAGGGCCAGAACUUGUGAUACGUUGGCAUUGGGACGUCGGUGACCUGGUCGUUUGGGACAACCGGUGCACUAUGCACUGCGCCACAGGAUUUGACCACCAGACCUUUGUGCGGGAGAUGUGGCGAACUACCUUUCAUGACAUGUCUUGGCAGCCACCUGUGCGCCAACUGUCACGCGAGUGA